AAAUGCAAACGGCUUUUCCUUCAAAGAAACAAUGCGUCAGCAAAGCAGCAGAUCUGGAAUUCAGCAAAGAUCCCAAUUUUAACUUUGCCACAAACAUUCCAGCAGAUGGUGUCUUCAAAGCUACAAACCAAGGGCUGCCUAAAUCUGCCAAGAAAGUGGAACCGGUUGCAAAGAAGACAGCUACAAGAGGACCUCUCAACAGAUACAAACUAGAAGCAGAACUGAAGACCAAGAAUCAGCUGUUAGAAACAGCCAAACAACAGCUACACUCCAGACUCACAGGAGCACAGGGCACUAUAAAGGAGUUGAAGGAGGAGAAUGAAAGCCUGCUGCAGGAAGUGGAGAAGCUCAAGAAAUUUCAGGAGACGUGCAUGGUGAUUUUGGAAAGCAGAAAUAUUGAUCCAGUUACAGGCAGCAACAUUCUGGAGGAGGAAGAUUUUUUGAAGCAGACAAGGCUAUUAACAGAGAAGCUCAUAGAGGAAUUGAGGCUAUUUAAUCAAACAGCUGCAAAAGAAAAGGAGAUGCUUCAGAGCGCCAUGGCCAGGUGGGACUCGGCUGAGGACGGGAGGCAGCGGUCCCUGGAGAAGCAUUCCUCCUUCCAGGCAGAAAUGAAGGACUGUUCGGUGAUACUGGAUGAGCUGGAGCAGCUCCUGGCCAUGUGA